CAUGGUUUAAAGUCCUUGAUGUACACAUUAUCAAUCCACUUUGGUAUCACGAUCUUAGUUCGUGGUUCGUGGUAUCACCACAGAACAAUUUAUAGUAUCACAGAAUUUGUUAUCAAAAAAUAACAAAUGUGACCAAAUAUUAUAAAUAUGUAGUUAAAUCUAUUUUCUUCGAUAGUUUAUUCACUUUAAAGUUUAAUUGUUUUCAUUGUUCAGUUAUUUAAAUGUCCUUUAGUUAGUAAUUAAUAUUUUUUUCCGAUGUAACCAUUUAACUGAUGUCGACCAGUUCGCCAGAUUCGAUUGUCCACCACCGGUCCAACACCAAACAGGUGCAUCCGGUGGUUGGACUAAAAAGAGUAUCUUUCCACGAAGACGUUAUUGAACCUGGAAAUGGGAAUCUCAUUCAAAUACGAAUUGGAGAAUGUGGCGAAAGAGGAGCACCUGAAGGACAAGAAGAUCCACAACCAAGUGAAACAUCUUCCAAAAGUUCAGUUUUAAAAUCAAAAAAACAAAAGUUUCCUUCUCUUUACUUGAAUGCCUUAAAUGUCGAACUCAAAUCUCAACAAGUCAUUUUAAAUCAAAUAAAACAGGAAAUGAUGAAUAAAGAAUGUAGUAAUGUUUGGAAUAAACAUUUAGAUAUGGGAUCUAACCAAUUGAUUAAUAUAAUUAAAAGAGAUUUAUUAUUAAAAACCAAAGAAUCUAUUUAUAAAAUUUAUAGAAUGCUAAGUAUUGGCGGAUCACCUCUAUUUGUUGUUAUUACAAAUAUUAGAUUUUUUGUUUUAACUAAAAAUGUAUACACUAAACGGUUAGAAGUAUUUUAUAGUUCAAAUUUUUCAAGCCUAGACUUAAUAGCCUUAGGUCCAUGUGAUCAAACUGCAGUCUUCGUUAGUGAAAAAUCAAAAAAAUGUACCUUAAUAACAGCAAUUGAUGUUCAAUCUGCAUUAGAAAUGAUUGGCAGUCUAGAAUAUGCUUACAGAUGUAGUGGAUUUUAUGACCCAAAUAAUGCAUUUGUUGUCAUAAAUAUUAACCAUGAUGAUAAAUUAUAUGAGGCUGUAAAAUGUCAAAUUUCAAUACCUAAGGAUGAAAAAAUUAAAUAUUAUACAUGGUUAUGGUAUUACAAAGAAAGUGAAUCUUCAAAUAACUUAAAAUCUCAUUUAGAAGAAUUUUUAAUGGUUAAAAAGGGAUCUAUAUGGAAACCAAGAUUUGUGCGUUUAAGUGAAGAUAUUUUAUACAUAUUUGAACAUCCAGAUCAAAAAUUACCAUGUGAAUCUAUACCUUUAAGAUUUGGUCGUUGUAAAAGAGUGAGAAAAAUUUGUUCUGAUCGACCUUACUCUAUUGAAAUUAUGCUGAUUAAUUAUAUAAUUAUUUUGGCUCCUGCUGAUUGUAGUCAAGAAGAAAAAUGGUUUAAUGCUUUAAGCUAUUCUAUGACAGGUCAUAAAAAUUUAAAUAUUGAAUCCAAAUUACCUGAUGGAUACUGUUGUUUGUUGACUAAUAGUCAUAUAGUUUUAUAUAAUUUUCCUCACACAAUUACAGACAGUAUGUUAUUAGUCAAUAUGGAUUCAUUGAAGUUUUCGCCUUCUCCAUCACACUACUAUGUUGUGAUUGAAUGGUCCUGUUAUGAUGCAACAUUAGAGGAAAGCUGCAAUGAUUGGGUUGUGCAUUUUUCUUGUAAAUCUAGUUGUGAUGAAUUCAUAUCAUGGUUGUGUACUCUAAGACCAGAUUUAAAUGCUUUGGAGUUAGUUGAAAAAAAGUCCAUUCAGCGACACCUUAAAAAUAAUAUAGCUUUACAAAGUUCACUAAUUUAACCUAUUUCACUAUUUUUAUGCUUGCUUUAUUUAUUUAUUAUUAAUUUUAAAUUGUCACAAAACGAUAAAACCAAAAAAAAAAAAAAAAAAAUGUGCUUUCACAUCAAUAGAAUUUAUUUUUAUUGGUUUUAUUAAUUUUGACUUUAACAGAGUAAAAAAAAAGGUGCUUAUUUAAAGUUAAGUUUUCUUAAUUUAAGUGAUUUAUUAUUUGUAUAGUAUAUCAAUAUUGUUUUUUAAAUUUAAACUAAUAUAAAUAAAUUAUAAAGUGGCGUACUUAGUUCUAUACUUUGUAAGAAUAGUCACCUUUAGUGAUGAAAAAAGAAUAUCCCAGAAAAUAAUUUUAUAUAUUAAGCAAAAAAUGUGGAUUGUGGGUAAAUGUUCUUUUACCUAAGAAAGUGCGCCAAUUAAAUUAUAAUGUAAUAUACAUAUACAUAUUAUGUAUUAAUAAUUAGUAUCAAUGAAGUGUAAUAUGUAAUAUAAUUAUAUAAACCUAUGUAUAUAUAUUAUAAAUGUUGAUAAAAUGUAAAAAUUUUUAUACCUUAAUGUGACUGUUAAAAGUGUAAGAAACAACCCAUACUUUAAAAACAACAAAAUUAUAAUAAUAUGUUACUUAAAAUAAUUGCUUUAUGAAGAUACAUAAAUAAAUUAUAAUACAAAUUA